AUGGCAUUGGCAUUGGUGCUGCCAUGGCAUUGGUCGCUGCCGUGGCAUUGGUGCUGCCGUGGCAUUGGUGCUGCCAUGGCAUUGGUGCUGCCAUGGCAUUGGUGCUGCCAUGGCAUUGGUGCUGCCAUGGCAUUGGUGCUGCCAUGGCAUUGGUGCUGCCAUGGCAUUGGGUGCUGCUGCCAUGGCAUUGGUGCUGCCAUGGCAUUGGUGCUGCCAUGGCAUUGGUGCUGCCAUGGCAUUGGUGCUGCCAUGGCAUUGGUGCUGCCAUGGCAUUGGUGCUGCCAUGGCAUUGGUGCUGCCAUGGCAUUGGUGCUGCCAUGGCAUUGGUGCUGCCAUGGCAUUGGUGCUGCCAUGGCAUUGGUGCUGCCAUGGCAUUGGUGCUGCCAUGGCAUUGGUGCUGCCAUGGCAUUGGUGCUGCCAUGGCAUUGGUGCUGCCAUGGCAUUGGUGCUGCCAUGGCAUUGGUGCUGCCAUGGCAUUGGUGCUGCCAUGGCAUUGGUGCUGCCAUGGCAUUGGUGCUGCCAUGGCAUUGGUGCUGCCAUGGCAUUGGUGCUGCCAUGGCAUUGGUGCUGCCAUGGCAUUGGUGCUGCCAUGGCAUUGGUGCUGCCAUGGCAUUGGUGCUGCCAUGGCAUUGGUGCUGCCAUGGCAUUGGUGCUGCCAUGGCAUUGGUGCUGCCAUGGCAUUGGUGCUGCCAUGGCAUUGGUGCUGCCAUGGCAUUGGUGCUGCCAUGGCAUUGGUGCUGCCAUGGCAUUGGUGCUGCCAUGGCAUUGGUGCUGCCAUGGCAUUGGUGCUGCCAUGGCAUUGGUGCUGCCAUGGCAUUGGUGCUGCCAUGGCAUUGGUGUUGCCAUGGCAUUGGUGCUGCCAUGGCAUUGGUGCUGCCAUGA